CCAGCCUCGACCAUACACAUCAUAUAGCCGCGAGAAUAUACAUACACGUAGCAAAGAAAUCCAAGCAAAAAACUUGGCAUAAAUUCAGGCCUGUUCUUGCCGGGACACAGUAACAAAGAUGAGGCCUCAGCUGAUACUCGUCGUCACUCUGGCUCUUCUCGGCGUCCUCGCUGCUCUGCCGCUCGGCAAAGGCUCGUCGUGGCCGUGCUGCGACAACUGCGGUUUUUGUGACAGGCAGCUGCCGCCGGACUGCCAGUGCGAUGACGUCUCGGUGGACGGGUGCCACCCGGAGUGCAAGAACUGCGUCAUGGUCGGCUCUGGCCCCGUCGUCACCUACCGCUGCGAUGAUGUUCUCACAAACUUCUGCGAGCAGCGCUGCACGCCGGCGCCGGCGCCAGCGCCAGAGGCGGCAUUCCUGGGUAGGGGCUUCUGAUUGCAUGCAUGCAUGCGACAAGUCGAGUUUUGCUUCUCUCGAGCUUCGUCUGAGAGAAGAAGAAAUAAAAUAAAUUAAUGUAAGAAAUAAAAUAAAUAUCGCUGCUCUACUCGAUGCUUGCUUAUGCUCUUGUACGUUGUCGUCAGUGUAUUAGUACUGUUUCUGGAAUAAAGAGCCAUGCAUGAUGCACGCUAUGCUCAAAGCACUGUGUUA